GGAAGCCGACUGACACUGCCUACUCUGCCGCAAUGAAAAUUUUCGCGUAAUCCUCAGUCCAUUUUUUACCAACAAUUAUCGGGGAGCCAGCCGCUGCUGCUAAAACCCUCCAUUGCUUCGCUCCACACUGGCUUCCUUCCUCCACAAAUUCUCAGUCUUCGAAGCUUCCCGGUCUGGAAAUCGAGCCGCUUCCCUCCUAGCCUGUUCUCAGUUCUUCAGCUUCAGGAAUCCAAUGAUUUGAGAACAGGUGUGAACUUGGUUUCUUGCUGCAAUGCCGGCUUUAGCUUCAACAACCAGGUUGCUUAUUCUAGCUGGUUACUCAUUGCCUUCACAGAAAUUGAAAUUUCUUCCCGUUAGUGUAUCGACAUGGCGCCAUUCAGUGAGGUUCUUCAGUCGGGUUGCUAAAGAACACCAGGGCCCUCUCACUCUUGCUAGCCUGGGAUUCAGCAGUCAACUUGAGGCAACUACAGGCAGUACUGGAAAGAGGAGUAACGUUGAGAACAGUGUUAAAUUGACAAGGUCACCAGUUGACAGGCCAAGGAGUAUAGCCACGCCGGUUGUUAAGGCGAUAACAUCGGUUGACGAUAUAGAGCUCGAGGCCACAACAGGUAGUAAGGGAAAGAGUAGGAAAGUUGAGAAAAAUGUGAAACCGUUAAGGACUCCAGUUGACAGGCCAAAGAGUAAGGUCAAGCCGCUUGGUAAGACGAGGGGAUCAGUUGAUGAUAUAGAGCUCGCUCCUUUUUCUGCCAAAUCAUUCUCCGAGCUUGGCCUGCCGCCAUUGCUGAUAGAGAGAUUAGAAUCUGAAGGCUUCAAGGUUCCAACCGAUGUGCAAUCUGCUGCAAUUCCAACUAUCCUAAAAGACCACGAUGUCGUUAUACAGUCUUACACUGGGUCUGGCAAAACAUUGGCGUAUCUCCUCCCUAUACUAUCUAGGAUUGGACCUCUGAAGGAUGCCAACUCUACUUUGAAAUCCAAAGACGAUGGUGGCGGGAAGAGGAAGAACGACAUAGAAGCAGUGAUCGUGGCCCCAUCCCGAGAGCUUGGGAUGCAAAUCGUGAGGGAGGUCGAGAACAUAUUGGGCCCUGAAAACAAGAGAGCUGUUCAGCAGCUCGUUGGUGGAGCAAACCGUUCAAGACAGGAAGAAGCUCUCAAGAAGAACAAGCCAGUAAUUGUGGUUGGAACCCCUGGCAGGAUAGCUGAGAUCAGUGCAGCUGGCAAGCUUCAUACACAUGGCUGCCGUUUCCUGGUGCUGGAUGAAGUUGAUGAGCUCCUCUCGUUCAACUUUCGAGAAGCCAUGCGCCGGAUACUGGAUCACGUAGGAAGGAAAUCUGAGCGUCGCACUGUAUUGGUCUCUGCCACAGUGCCAUUUGCAGUGAUAAGAGCUGCCAGAAGUUGGUCUGACGACCCGGUUUUGGUUCAAGCCAAGAAAGUAACCCCGCUUGAAUUGGUUCCUCCAUCUGGACCGGUUGAUUCAACACAGCCUGCAUCAGAUUCAAAUCCGUCAGCAUCCCAAAGCUUACCUCCAUCUCUGAAGCACUACUAUUCUGUGGUGAAGCUGCAGCACAAGGUGGAUGCUUUGAGGAGGUGUGUUCACGCCAUGGACGCCAAGUGUGUGAUAGCCUUCAUGAACCACACAAAGCAGCUGAAGGAUGUGGUAUACAAGCUGGAGGCGAGAGGGUUAAAUGCUGCGGAGUUGCAUGGAGAUCUUGGCAAGCUUGGGAGGUCCACGAUUAUGAAGAAGUUUAAAAAUGGGGAGUUGAGGGUACUUGUGACCAAUGAGCUAUCAGCGAGGGGACUGGACAUUCCCGAAUGUGAUCUCGUGGUUAAUCUGGACUUGCCUACCGACUCGGUUCACUAUGCUCAUCGUGCUGGCCGGACAGGGAGGCUAGGGAGGAAGGGGAUCGUGGUGACGAUUUGUGAAGAGUCGCAGGUGUUUGUUGUGAGGAAGAUGGAGAAGCAGCUCGGUGUGGCGAUUCAUAGCUGCGAGUUUACAGAGGGGAAGUUUGUCAUCGAUGGAGAAGAGAAAGAAGAGAGUACGAUGGAUGGUGGCCUGAUGAGAAGGUGUUCAUAUCGAUCUUAGGACACAGAAACUCAAGCCAAAGGAGAAACAUCAGAGACACUUAUCAGCAGCUUUACAAUGAACCCCUUACCAAUUGUCUCUAUUCAGAACUGACCGAUCAUUUCAGAAGAGCGAUAAUCCUGUGGACACAUGAUCCAGCCGAGAGGGAUGCUAUUCGAGCAAAUGAAGUACUGAAAGGAAGGAAUCCCCAGCUUGAAGUAAUAGUUGAGAUCGUCUGCGCAAAUUCGCCUCACCAUUUGCAGACUGUAAAGCAGGCCUACUGUGCUCUCUUUAAUUCAUCACUUGAGAAAGACAUUGCUGCUGUAGUCUUCUCUUUGCAUCUCAGAAAGCUGCUACUGGGUUUGGUGGGCUCAUUCAGGUAUGACAAGAGAGUGGUGGAUAUGCAGUUUGCACACUGGGAGUCGGCCGACCUGUUUGAAGCCAUGCAGACAAAGGAGUUGGGUUAUGAUGAUCUGAUUUACAUCCUCAGCACUCGGAAUGCUUGCCAGCUCAAAGACUCUUUCAAGAUGUACGAGCAGCAGUUUAAACUGCCAAUCUAUGAGGAUUUGAAGUCCUAUGGAGGAGAUGAUUUGACGUCCCUUUUGAAGGUGGCCGUUCAGUGUAUAGUUUGCCCUGAAAAGCACUUCGCUGAGGUCGUCAAUACUUCGACCAGGAGACUGGGAAUGCAUGACAACGAUGAUGAUACACUGAGCGGAGCAAUAAUAAGUCGAGCAGAGGUUGACAUGGCGAAUGUUAGAACAGAAUAUUCCAACAUGUUUGAAGCCAAUCUGGAUGAUGAUGUAGCUGAACACAGUUUCGGCGACAAUACAAAGUCCCUGAUCAUGACUUUACUUGGUGCUGGAGUUUGAUUUCAUCUUUCUGCAUUUGUUUCCAAUAUAUGUAUCAGCCGUCUGAGUUUGGAUUCUCGUCUUCAGAACUUUCAAGGUUUGUAACCUCUUAAUUUGCAUGGAUAUAAAUUACAGCUUCUGGCUGUUUUCUACAGGUUCGUUUGAU